UCUGCAGUGUUGCAGUGACAAACGUUUCUAUACCUCUCACUUCGACUGCCUUACACACACAAACAGAGAGAUAGAGAGACAGAAGGAGAGAGAAUGCAUUGUUCUGUGCAGUAAAGAUUCUGUUAAUCCUUCAGACUUCACGUGAAAACAUGCAGAGCAGAAGGUACUGAUGACUCACACAUUUGCAGUGAGACAUGUUCACAACUCCCACCAUCUGGAAAGUCUGUCUGGAUAAUGUGUGUGUGGAUAAUUGUGUGUGGUUAUCACAGAGAGCCCAGUGUAAUUCUUUAAGACACUCCACAGAGAGGAAGAGAGAUAAACACCUGAGGCUCUACACAUCUACAGGAGAGCUGAUGUUCACACACACAACAUGAAGAAGAUCUACAUCGGCAAAACCGGCCUGAAGAGCUCACGGGCCGGCUGUAAGCACCAGAAGAAAAGCUCUUUGCAGGAGCAGAAGGACGAGCUGAGGAAGCGUUUGUCCUUCACCACCCAGAAGUUGGAGUUGUUGGAGAGUGAGUUUGACUCCACGAGGCAGUACCUCGAGACAGAACUGCGCAGAGCUCAAGAGGAACUUGACAAAUUCACUGAUAAACUAAGGAGAAUACAGAGCAGUUAUUCAGCAUUACAGAGGAUUAAUCAGGACCUGGAGGACAAAAUCCACCGAACGUCCCAACAUCAUGAUGAUGAGAAGCGAGCGCUCAGUCAAGAGAUCAUUGUCCUUAACACACACCUGAUGGAGGCAAAGAUCACUAUCGAGAAGCUUAAAGAGGACAACGAUUUAUACAGGAAGGACUGCAACCUAGCAGCUCAGCUCCUGCAGUGUAAUCAGUCUCAGUACAGAGCUCAGCUCUCUGAGUUGCCGGCGGAUUUCCUGGAACGUCUGAGUCUGCACAUUGAGGACUCCUCUCCAAUCUGUCGCUCGCCUUAUUCCGACCCCAUUCCCUCCUCUGCACUGUCUAAUGUUUUGGAGAAACCAGAGGAAGCGUCACGUUCCCCAAGUCCAACACGUCAUGAGCUCCACGAGCCUCGCGAGCACCCGGGCUUCCUGAUCGGCACCCCUGUGAGUGGAAAUGAGCGGUUGGGUCUGGGAUUGAGGGGUGUGGCUAAGUGUGAUGUUUACAGCAGUGACACGGCACUGUACUGCCCAGACGAGCGACGUCGUGAGCGCAGGCCCAGUGUUGACCUGCACCGCUUUCCGCAUUUUAACACCUCUGUGGGUGGAGCCUCUAGCUCCUACUCCAGUUUCAGUGGAGGUGGGUCUGAAGAAAAAGGGGCCGAGCCUCCUUACAGCACAACCUCUUCACCUCAACACCAUGGGAUCUACAUGGAGUGGCGAGAUGGUGUUGAGUAUGAGCACAAAAGUGACGAUUCCUGGGAAAGAGAAAGUCCGAGCGCCUUCAGUGUAUCUCAUGUUUACCAAAACGGCGGCUCUCCUCUCUACAGUGGCGCAAUGUCGUGUUACAGUGAGCCGUAUGAGCCCCUCCCACCAUCCACCUCCCCCAGUGUCAACUAUGGUGACAGUCGGCGUGGCAGUGCACUGGUGCCAGAAGAGGAGGAGGAGCCAGAGGAGGAACAGGAGGUGCUCAUUGGCCGAUGGAGGCGGUUAAGUGUAGAGGACGUCAGUGCACACUCAUUCUGCAGUGCCGGACGUGCUUCACCAUACAGCUUUUCUGAGCAGCACUUCUCCGUCCGACCUGCCAAGAUCCGGCUUGGUCCCCUCUACAGCAGCUUCCAGGAGGGAAGUGACGCUUAUCGGCACCAUGGCGCCGCCCUGCUGGAUCAGUUCUCCAGCACUGAUCUCCGUAAUACACACUUGUACAGCACAGAGGACGAGACCCAGGAGGUUGAGCAGCAGGUGGCUGGACUCGAGCAAGAAUAUGAGGACGAGGAGGUGGAUGUGAGUCCAAACAGCUCCAACGAGUCACUGGAAAUCGGAUCCAUGGAAAUUGGUGCUGAGCUGCAGUCAUUUCAGCAGGACCGGAUCAGCACCUCUCCUCAGGAAAGAAGUUCUCCUCCGACUCAGGCAGCAUCACAGUACCAGACAUUCACCAAUCUGGGCCUGACGAGGAAGGACAGUCUCACAAAAGCGCAGCUCUAUGGCACUCUGCUCAACUGAGGACCCUGUGAGGACCCGGGUUCCACAAAUACUGUGGAAACGUAACAUAGAACAAAAUGUUUACUGUAUGAGGAGGAGCUCAGCUCCACUUUAUUCUGCUCAUCUGAGGACUUGAUUUCACUUUAUUCAGUUCAAGUCACAUGUCUGAGUGCGCUACUGAGAACCAUUAGCAUGUGUUGUUUCAACCGAUUUCAGCCAAUCAGAACACGAUUUUGGAAUUAUGUAUAAUAAUAAAUAUUAAAAAUAGGGCUAAUUUGAUAAAAAGGUUUCUCAACGUUUUAGUAAAGAUGUGAAUAAAUGUUUUUGUGACCAAAACCAAUUAAAUAUUCUCAUCAGAUUUACAGAAACUCUGACUGUUCAUAGGCACAUGUAUAUGUUGUUAAACACCAAUCAGCUGUAAAUUAUCACUUUUAUCACUUAACACUGCUGAUUUACCACAACAACAAAAUGGUGACUACACUAAAUGGUGAAAGAGAUCCUCCUAAGCUUUUAACAUUCCAGUAAUGCAGCUCAGCCACUGCAGUGCAUCAACAGCACACAAUUACACGUCUUCCUAUGUGGGUGUCAUUACUUUUGUUCUAAAUCAAUGUCUUAUCUUAUUUGUAUUCAUUUAUAUAUUUGAGUUUCACAAAGUGUUCUUUGUAACUGCUGUGUAACUGUUUAAACCUCACAGCUUGUGAACCACUUAAGAUAACUCCGCUUCCUAGCCACAACCCUGGAAACCUGGCAGACACAAAGGCAUUGCUCUAACAGUCUGGGUGUGACAGCGCUGUCUCUGGGAGUCAGACAGAAUCUGAUGUUGGGGGUAGAGUUAAAGCCCUUAGGGGGGUGUCAGUCAGUUACAGAAUCUUCUGCACAUUAAUACACCAAUUUCUCUGAAUCAUUUCUUCUGACAUCAGAACUCUCAGUGGUGCACUCAGACCUUUUUCUGUGCGUUCUCUCUGUGUUUCUGCUCAGUGGUGUUUUUCUACAGUGGAGAUGAAAUCAUGAUGAUGUUCUGUGGUUGAUAUGAAGCUUGGACGUUUCUACAGAUGAUUUUAAUGCUUGUGAACGCUGCUUAUUUUUAAGUACCACUUACUGCACUGCAAGGGGGCGGAGUCAGACCUGAAUCAACUCCUCCUACCUGGGCAGAGUCAAAAUAAAAAAUUGUGGAGACAAACCUCAAGCUAUAUAAGUGUGGCUCCAUGGUGCAGAUGGUCUCGGGGAUAAGAGUUGUAGGAGAAGUCAGGUCAGGUCAAACUCCACCCAUUGCACUUCUGCAGGAUUACUAUUCUAAUUUUUGAAAAAAAAUUGUUUGUUUCUUGGAUUUUGGAAAUUGUGAUUUGAUACACAGUGUGUGAUGUGGUGUAGUGUGAGGUUUGAAUGAAAGGCUUUAUAUCACAGAAGGCUGGAGGCAACAUGCUACUUGGUCAUACUAAGUGUGAGAGUUAAAGUGAAUUACUCUUUUAUCCGUAGCUGUGUUUAUUGUUCAGUAUUUCAGUGAUGAAUGAAACUCUGAUUACAGAGAGAAUAAUCAUGUCUUUUUAAACCCUUAUCACUGCUACACAACAAAAAAAAGCCACAAAUUGAGAAUGUACCGAUAUCUGACCUAACUUCCAAAUCACUGACUGCAUCCCAAAAGCUGGUUUGAAAGGAAGCACCUGCUAAUUGGCUAAUGGGCUAAUUAGCAGUUAGUGUAUGAGACUAGCACUAAAUACACACACUGUAUGAACAGUAGGAACAGAGUCAGUGUUCAGGACCACGCCCCCUGCUCCUCUGAUUGGCUGACGUACAGGUUUAUUUUGUAGUUCUUCUGAUUGGAUUCUUCUCUCUGUGUUUCAGCUCCUCUACCUCACUGAUGCUCUGCUGUUUCUGUUCCCUGUAAUCAGACACACCAUCAUGCAUGAGCCUCCCUCCUGCCCCUUUACUCUGUUUACCUUUCUCUAAUAAAGCACAAUUACUACA